AUGUUCCCUACUCGUGCUCUCGCGAUGCGUCCUACACGGCCCGUCAUGGCUGCCCCUAAAGAGGACAUGAGCGCUCACACCAUCUCUCAGCGACUCCGUUUGAUCAAGAAGAUCCCUCCCGAGUUGAUUCCUCUCGGUAUCGUCUUGGGGGUUGCUGUCGGCGCCGCCAUCUACUCCUCCACCCACAAGCUCUUCGCUGACAAGACCCUCCGUCUCUCCCGCAACAAACCCGAAGAUCGUAGCCACCACUAA